GUUGGAGGAGCAGUUUCGACGGCGAUGCUGGCGCCGGAGCAAUUGGCGCGGUCCCACAGCUGGCAUGCCAAAGAUAUCGUGCGCAUCUCGUUGGAGAACAAGGGCAUCAUCGGGUUCAUUGAAGUGCCUGACAUGAAGCACCGUAGCCUCGAAAGCGUUCGGCCGCUGAUCCUGCAGACUGUCGACGACAUCCCGUUGGACUUUCAGUUUGUCCUAGACGGAGGUGAGCCGUUGAGUCGUCGCCAAGAGGCCACGCAUCAGAUUGCCGACCACUACCCGUGCCUGAGAAUUCGAGCCGUACCGAAAAAAGUGACCAAGACCAACAAAUUUACAGUGUACAACGCCAGUGGCGAUACCUUUGAGACGUGGGUACCUACCGACUACAAGUUUGGGCAGCUCCGCAAGGACGCUGCCCGGUACUGGAGCGUCGCCGAGUCGCAACUGGUGGACAGCGACGGAUGUGUGUGGCCAGACGAAGCCAACAUGCUGUCGCUCUUGGACGCUGACGACCUGCGACUGAAAAAGCUGGUCUUGACCUGCAAACCAUCACAACUCAACCAAUCCCCUCCAACGACCCCAAGCGCUUCCCCUCGUAGGGCACGUCCGCAGCCACAACACUCGUUUGUGCAUUCAAAUUACGAGCACCGGUUGUGGUACAUCUUUACGUAUUACUGCGUGCACGGCGACGCGCUGGACUUGCUCACCAUGACCGCAUACCAGUUCAACCGGUUCUUAAAGGACUGUGGGCUCUUUCACACGAAACAGUUCACGCCUGCGAUGGGCGACAUCAUCUACGCCUUUGAAGGCAAAGGCAAACUGACCAAACAAUCGUCUCCCACACAGCCCCACUCGACCGUCGCGUCGCCCUUGCGGUCCACCAAAGCAACGAACGGGUACACUACAACUCCGUCAUCGUCCAAAUCAUCCAUUCCCCCUCGCUCUGGAUCCGGCAAGCUCGACUACGACGGGUUCUUAAACGCGCUGUUGACUAUUGCGUCGCGCGUCCUGCCGCACACGAGUAGCCCCGAUGACGCGUUCACGGACCUCUUGGUCAAGUUUGUCCUCCCCAACGCCACAACGUGGUCACAACAUACGUGGCACGACCACAGCGACGCCUUGCAACAGCCCGACGUCACGCGGUUCGUGUCCAAGUUCACGCCCGCGCUCGUCGAGAUGUUUAUGUUUUACACCAACCAGCCCGUGACGGACGCCACCAAGGACGGCGGCCACUGGAUGACAUUUAGCGACUGCAUGCGUUUCAUGCAAGAUUUUCGGUUCACUGAGCUCUUGCUCACGACCCAAGAAUGCCCGGAACUGUUCCUCGCCGCAUGCAAUAGCAGCAGCAGCAGUAAGCGUAUCCAUCGUUCCGUCGGCGACGAAGAAGAAGCCGACGACAACGAUGGCAUGACAAAAGAAGCGCUGUUCCGGCGGCAAACUAUGAGCUUUCCAGCAUUCCUAGAUAUGCUGGGCCGUGCCGGACUCGUGGCCCUCACAAGGCACCGAAGCCACCUCGAACCUCUGCAGUGCGUGAAAGCCGUGUACCACCACAUGACGCGGAGCCUGCGGGGGUGUCGGGCCCUGGAAAUCAUGCACAACCACGGACCCGUUGCGAUCUACGCGUCGCGCUUUUACGCCGGAUCGGUUGCAUUCAACAACAAGUUCCUCGACAUGUGGCGCGUCGAGGGGUCCCCGGACUACGUCACAGGCCACCUGCCCACGGCGCCGCCCCCGCUUACAAGGGGUCGUGCCAGUCUGCACCAGAUCGUGCACUUCUCAUCGUCACCCCCUCACUCCCCCCAGCACCAUCAUCGAUCGAGCUCGACGUCGUUUGCGGCUGUCCAGCCAGUGACCAACAUGUCAUCAUCGGAUAAGAAGCCCGACGGGCGUGCGGCCAAGCAGCAACCCGCCGUUUUAACCUCCGAUGCCAGGGCGACGACGGCAGAUGACUCGCGGGUGGUUGAGGAACUGCCUAGAAGUAGCGGCAACGACGACAGGGGAAGGGCGGUACUGCGACAAGGCGCAGUCUUUCGCAAGUAUGGCACGUGGAGCGCGCCCCACCGUCGGUUUGUGUGGCUCAGCGACGACAACACCCACUUGCACUGGCGUCCACUCAACAAACCAGACCAACGCAACGAAGGAUUGGCGCUGGCGUCCGUGCAGAGUUUGCUGUCGGGCCAUGCCGACACGACGCGGUAUGCGUUUAUGAAGUAUCUCACCGAAGACAAAUACAUUGAGCGGUGCUUUUCGAUUGUGGCCAAAGACCGGCGGCUGGAUUUGGAAGCAGAAUCGGAAGCAACGCGAGACACGUGGGUCGACGCGCUGCGUACAUUGACACCUCCUCGUGCCAAGGCGGUGGUAUAACUAGUAGGUACUAGUACUAGUAGUAGUAGUAGGUACUUCUACUACUAAUAAUAGAACACAAUCAACGAACGAC